UAUAUAUAUAUAUAUAUGUCUCGUCCAUCCCUCUGCCUCUCUCUCGUGUCCUCCUUGCGUCUAUAUCUCGCAUAUCGCCUCAAGUCGACCAUCACGCAAGUCCUCCUGGGCUGCACCGUUAACUUCUGAAACCUUCCAAUCCACACAACUUUAUACACUCCCAUCACCAUGUCUUUUUGGGACUCUUCACAAGAGGUCACCCUCGAGGAUAACAUCCUGAGGGCCUCCUGCCAGGAUGUAGAGGGCAACUGGCAGACGACCGAGAUCAACCUCAACGACUUUUUGGGAAAUUCCAAUGGCAUCUUUGAAUGGGGCGGUGGUGGUUGGCACGGAACUGCCACCAACUACAGGCUCGAGGGGCCCGUCCUGGUGGCCCAGCUGGAUGAUGGCAAUGGAGAGUGGCCCGAGGCCAAGAUCGAUCUCAACGAGCGCAUCACCAACAACAACGGUCAAUUGGAAUUCUUGGGAUAGAUAUCGACAUCCUGAUCGUCGUAGAUGGUUAGGGAUUGUACCUUACUUUCCGCAUCCCAUUCAUCACGCCCACAUCGACAUCCUCGAACGAUCAUUACGACUUGACGACACGACAAGGACAACGACACGCCUCAAGAGAAAUAUGAACAAAAUUGGCCUGUAUACCAGCAGCUCCCAUAUUAAAAAAGCAUGACAUGCCCUUUGGGACUGUUCUCAGUGAAAG